CCUGGACCAGCCCACCGGCUCCGCCCCGCGGCCCCUUUAGCCCCAGGCCAGCCGAGACGGUGCAGACCCGCCAGGCCGGGGACUAAGAAUCAUGUUGCAUGAAGCAAAGGACAGGCAGAAGUUCGUCAAUGAUAUUCAGUAUCUGCGGGACAUGCAGCAUAAGGUGGACUCUGAGUAUCAGGCUUGUUUGAGACGACAGGAAUACAAAAGAGACACAAGUGAGAAGAAACAAGACCAGCUUUGGGGACAAGAGUUAAGCGACAGGUUCCAGCUUUCAAUCGCGUCAUCUAAACAGAGUUCUAUCGAGGAGGAUGUUCUAAGUGAACCAAGAUCAUCUAUCAAGACACCUGAGGUCAAGAGUGAUUCCAGACUUCCAGCCAUUGACCAAACAUCCGUCAAGCAGAAACAUAAGAGCACCAUGACUCCAAAGAUAGCGGAGAAAGCGACCCCCAGCAAACCCUCUCCAGAGGUACACGAACCGACGGUGUUAUCAAAGAAGAGGAAGCCAAAGCCGGGGAGAUUGACGGUCGGCCCGGAAACACACAGCCUGAGGGUGCCUAAGGAGAAAAGCAGACAGAACUCACAGCGACAGGCAACAUCGCCAGCUCUCCCGGGAGCAGAUCCAGUCGCUCAACAGGAAGACCUGAUGCAUGCAGGUGAGAUUAAGCUAAAGAGGCCAACUCGAGAGAGAAGGAAUGCAUCAGACUCACCCUCACAGCUAAUGAGGGCUGCUGGGAAGCUCCCUGAGCGAGCCAGGAAAAGAGACCCAAGUGCUUGUUCCCGGUACAAGCCCCACGCGCCCCCAGGCCAGGCCGCGCGGGGUCCUCAAGUGCCGAGGGAGUCACUGGGGCCGGCACCCUUACCCACCAGCAUGGAAAGGCCAAGAAGGGUACCUUUUAGGUUCCGUGAUGAGGACUUUUAUUCUGCAUUAUCACUAAACCCUGGGUCAGAAAAUUAUGACACCGAAGAGGAGACCCACAUCGAAGAAGAACGUCUGAUGGUCGGCAUGCACUCGCCCCGUUCUCCCUCUGAUCAUAAAAGAAGUCGAUUUCUUGGCACAUCAGCCACUCUGGCCAAAAAUAAAACUCUGGAUAAAAAUGCUGAAAAUUGUGGAGGUAAUUCUUCAAGAAGAAGCGAGUCUAAUCAUGGCUCGUUAAGAACAAGCAAUGCAGUGGGCCCAGUGACAAAGCGGCCUUCAGCCGGGCAAAGGAUUCUCCAAGACCCCAGGCUGCCUGGUAUGGGGGAGCGUUCUGAAGAGAGUGACGGCAGAGACCGUGAAACUAAGAGAAAGACCCGUCACUCAGAGGAGGCCAAAUCUGAGCCCAGGUCAGAGAAGGACUUUAAUGCUGAAGAUGCAUCUGGUGACUGUGCUUCCAUGGAAGAUGGGCCUAGUGAUCAUGAUUAUGACAGAGAAUGGCAAAAUUACUUAAGUGGUUCUAGAAAUUCUUUCGACCACAUACUUUCUCAUAGACCAACAGCUCCAAGAUCUAUCAAUUCAUCUCACACCACGCCUGGAUCAUUCGUGCAUUCGGCUAUGGCCGAUGGAGGCCCAGCGGGCUUGCCGAUGGUGUCAGUAUCCGCCCCCAGCUCAGACUCAGAGGAAAACUCGAGGUUCAACGCUCGCCGGCCACUCUCACCUAUUAGGAGUAGGAACUCCUUUGCCAGUGAUGGAAACCACAGUUCUUUUCCAGCACACGGGGCACAAGAAGCUGUGAUCAGGGAAGCAGAGGACACGACUUCCCAUGGCCGAUCUCAAGGGGCUCCCUUAAAUGCAGAAGGCCUCUUACCAAAUCCUCAAGGCAGCUUAGCCUUGAAUUCUUCUAGCUCUUCUCCAAGAAGAAACUUACCAGGCCACCUGUAUGUGCCUGGUUCCCUGCAAGAAAGCAUACCUUUUACUGUCUUUGCAGUAGCUGGUUUCCCCAAUCAAAAUGACAGUGACAUCAGCAGGACAGUCUCUGGUUCCGUGAAUGAAAAGGGGGCCACAAAGAUCAAGGCAGACCCCGAGAAACUCAAAAAAUUGCAAGAAAGUCUCUUGAAAGAAGAGGACUCUGAGGAGGAGGGAGACUUGUGUCGCAUCUGUCAGAUAGCCGGGGGUUCCCCGACUAACCCCCUUCUGGAGCCUUGUGGCUGUGUGGGAAGCCUGCGAUUUGUGCACCAAGAAUGCCUGAAAAAGUGGCUGGAGGUGAAAAUAACAUCAGGAGCAGAUCUAGGCACUGUGAAGACCUGUGAGAUGUGUAAGCAAGGCCUGCUGGUCAACGUGGAUGACUUUAAUAUGAUGGAAUUCUACCAGAAGCACUGGCAAUCCUGGGCGCGGAGUGAGCUGAUGAACUCAGGCUUGUACCUGGUGCUGCUGCUCCACCUGUAUGAACAGAGGUUCGCAGAACUCGUGACCCUCAACUACAGGCGAGCUUCAAGAGAGAGGUUGUCAAGAAAUUACCCACAACCCAGACCGGAAGAAAAUGAAAGUUCGGAGUCGGGAGACAGCAACGGAAGCGGCGUUCACCCAAGCCGGGUGGUCUAG